CCCCGUCUUUGUAAUUAAUUGACACGUUAUACCACUCAUCAUGUAUUGAAGCACCAAUGGUAAAGGCUCGGAUCUCCCCCAAAACCCACAAUUUCACAUCUGCAAACACAGUCUUCAUCCACUUGACUCCCAGGACCCGCCCACACGUGGCCAAGCUUAGCCAUUUCUAAUGUGAUUUCUGUCUCUCCCUCUGCUCCCUGCAGGUUCUUGUGCGCACAGCAACCUUAUAUGGACUCAGCUCUCCAGUAAUGGCUUAUUUUUUUUCUGGGAGCAGGAGAGAGAUGUGGGUGCUUUAGCCAGACCCUCAGCUAAACCUGACAUUGGCAUUUUCCCUGGAGUUACAAACUAUAGGAGUUCACUCAACUGCGCUUGAUUCACACAACAUCUCAGCCCUACAGACUUUACUUGUUGGGAGUCUCUCCCUCUCUUGUGUGUGUGUGUGUUUUUUUUUCUCUUCCUCCCAUUGGAAAGAGGAUUGGCACACUGGUGUCUCCACUUAGCUGCAGAAUAUGUCUUUAACCAACACAAAGACUGGCUUCUCUGUAAAGGACAUUCUAGAUCUGCCUGAUACCAAUGAUGAAGAUGGAUCCACUGCAGAAGGAGCAGAUGAAGACACAGACAGUUCUGAACCCACUAAAAAGCCAAGAGGAUUGGGGCAAAGCCCCCUGGAAACAGUACAGAGUCUGCCCUUAAAAAGCCCCUUCUAUGACAGCAGUGACAACCCUUAUACACGAUGGCUGGCCACUACUGAGAGCAUCCAGUACUCCUUGCACGGAUUUGCGUCCAGCAAUUCGCAGCAAGAUUCAUCACCCAAGUCACCAGAACCCUCAGCUGAUGAGUCUCCAGACAACGACAAGGACCAAUCCAGCAACCCAGACUCAGGCAAGAAGAGAAAGCGACGGGUGCUGUUCUCCAAGGCACAGACUUAUGAACUGGAGAGGAGAUUUAGGCAACAGAGGUACCUGUCCGCCCCAGAGAGAGAACACCUGGCCAGUCUCAUCCGCCUCACCCCCACCCAGGUGAAGAUCUGGUUCCAGAACCACAGGUACAAGAUGAAGAGGGCCCGGGCAGAAAAAGGUAUGGAAGUGACUCCUCUUCCCUCCCCUAGGCGGGUGGCAGUGCCAGUCCUGGUAAGGGAUGGUAAACCCUGCCACACUCUGAAAGCUCAGGACUUAGCAGCCACAUUCCCAGGUGGCAUCCCUUUCUCUGCCUAUAGCGCCCAGUCAUUACAGCACAUGCAAUAUAAUGCCCAGUACUCUUCUGCCACUAACGCCCAGUACCCUACAGCACAUCACUUGGUGCAAGCCCAACAGUGGACUUGGUGAACUUUACUUAUGGACUGGUCUGCUCCAAAAAAAAAAAAAAUGAUGGGGGUGUAAAAACUGUUGGGUAAAAAAAAGAGGCAUACUUAUUAUUAUUAUAAUAUUAUUAUUAUGUUUUUGUUUUUUUAUGAAAGGUCAAUUCAUUCUCAAACACCCAGCUUCUGGUAUGUUGUGCUCCUUGUUUACAAAAUUUGCUCAACUACAGCGAAUCUACCUACCUGCUGGGGGGGGGGGGUCCGAAUGCUUAUGUGAUUUUCUUUGUAAAUAAUAUGCUUGUGUGUUGUAGAAGUGCUGUCGAUCGUAUAUAAAGCAAGUGAAAACCACUUUAGAAAUUUUUUUUUCCUUUCAAUAACACAGCCACCACGAGAAAAAAAAAAGUUAUUUAUGGCCAAGUGUAAAAAAAAAAAACUUUAUUUUUGAUGUUUUCAUUUUUCACGUAUAGAAGUGGUUAUUAUUGGCAUCAGGCGCUUUUUUUUGUUAAUGCAAUUAUCACCCAAAAAAACCAUAAAGUAGAUCACGACAUGUCAGUCACCUACAUAGAGAUCUAUCAGCUGUAUAUGAAUCAUUGAUGGAAACAAAAACAAAAAAAAAAAAAUUAAAAGUGCAUCCCAUGGGAGAUUUUGGACUUUUAUAAGAAUUUUAAUAAAACAAUGUGUUU